GAAACUUCCAGGUUACCAGAGCUGGUACGAUGUCUAUUUCUUUGACAAACAUGACCAUCGUCAGAUCUCUUUAUCAAUGUUUGAGAGGUCAAGAACUGAAACAAAUUUCUCCAAUUUUUCUAUGCAGAAGACUCAACUGUGUAUCUCUGUCUAACCAUCCAUAUCAACCAAAUGCUUUAACGAAAGUGCAACAUUGCAAUUACAACCAAACAUUUAAAUCAUAUUCAAAUAAUUUGCAACAAAUUUCUGUCUUACAAAGACAUAAUUUAACAUGGAAAGUGAGCUCCAGACAAUCAUCAGUGCUGACUUUAAGUAAACAGUGUUGUGGAAGAAGAUCACAACUCAAGCGGUCAUCGUUUUUAUUUUCCUUAUCUGCUGUUCGUACCUGUGCCAAUGUGAAACUGUCAAGAUUAUCUCAUAAAAUGACUUUAUUUCCGACCUGUUUAACACUAAGACAAUCAUUCCAACUCCGACCCCCAUGGUGGAUACUUCAGACUUCCUCUUUUUCUACAUCUGUGUGUUGUGCUAAUAUAAAAGAAUUCAGCAAUGUAAGAAUGCAGCCACCUUGGCGAGUGCUAUUUUUUGGAUCAGAUCGAUUUUCCUUGCCAGCCCUAAAGGCUUUACAUGAAAACAUGCUACAGACUGAGUCAGAGUUCAAGGUUGUUGAGAACUUAGAAGUUGUUUGUACAGCUUCAAUGACGCCUGUGAAGAAAUAUAGCAAGGAAAUGGGACUUUGUAUUCACGAGUGGCCAAUCAAAGUUGAAAAGGGGAUGUUUGAUGUUAGUGUACUCUCAUCCUUUGGAAAAAUGAUUCCAGGAAGAGUAAUAAAUGCCUUCCCAUAUGGGAUUAUUAACAUUCACCCAAGUUUAUUACCUCGCUGGAGAGGAGCAACUCCGAUCCCUCACACAAUUCUCAGUGGCGACACUCUGACAGGAAUUACGUUGAUGAAGCUACGUGCAAAACAUUUUGACACUGGCCCUGUACUGCUACAGAAGUCACUUCCUGUCCCAGAGGGCAGCACUACCCUUCAACUUUGUGAUUUGCUAGCUGUCCACGGAGUCAAAUUGAUGUUAGCAGCACUUUGUGAUUUACCUUCACUUGAAAGACAGGAAAUAGAACAGCCUUCUGAUGGUAUAACAUACGCUCCAAAGAUAAGUAAAGGGAUGGAAGUAGUGGACUGGGAAAAUUCUACUAUGUGUGAGAUAGAUCGUCAAUACCGAGCCAUCCAUGAAUUAAUGCCCCUGACGAGCAGCUACAGUGGUUACAGAGUGAAGCUCUAUGAUAUGGUUCCAGUUAAUACUAUACCAGAUGAAGUGAUCGAACCCCUGGUCCGGAGGCUGUACAAUGUCUCCAGCUCUGCAGCAAUACCCCCAGGGCGGACGUAUCACCUGAAACAACAGCAUUGUAUACUUAUCAAAUGCAAGGAUGGAUGGGUUGGAUUCCACAGACUGUUUGUGAACACAAUGUUAACAGCUGCAGCAUUCUACAAUGGAUACUUGUCCAGACCAGGAAGUGUAAACAACUAUUUUGAAAGUCACUCAAGUACAUUGAAAAUAGAUACAGAUAACAGUGUUCCAACAGCUGUCCAUAAUUAGUGUCAAAAUCUUCUCCUAGAAUUUAGAAAGCUAUGAGAUUUCGAAUAAAAGUCGAAUUAUAUCAUGGGAGAUCAGUAAUUCAAUUCUAACUUCAAGUUAUAAAAUGACAUUUGAUUGGUAAAUGUGUGUAACUUGUGACAGUGUAACCAUGAUAUGGAGCUGAAAAUUUCUCAUGCAUAUCUUGUCCAGAUGUCAUUUUUGUAAAUGAUGUCACUGACAGUAAUUUUAUCUGAAACGUCAUAAGAUGAUAUCAGAAACAGUAGUGUUACCCUGAAAAUUCGCCUGAUCUUUAAUUUUACUGUUGUCAUGAAUCUUGAGCAAAUAAACUUUUUUGAAAAAAUGUGCACAAGAAUGGCACUGAA